UAAAAAAAAUUAAAAAAAAAAAUUACCACUCCACAAUAAAAUAUUCCUUUCUCAUUAUUCAAAUCACACGUGCCACACGCAGCACGACCUUCUUUUGCCAUGUGUCUUCAACCGCCAAAACCAGAGCUCCGGCGAACCUUCAAAUUCUCCACCCCCUUCUCUCUCUCUCUCUCUCUCAUUCCUCCACCAUGGAUCGACGAAGCCACCGCCACAACCUCUCCACCGCCACUAUCCCUCCGGUAAAGAACGAUCUCGCCGGCGAUCACAACUACAGCUCGCCGCCGGCCCCGUGGCUCCUCGACCUGAUCGCUUACCAGGUGGAUCUCAUCACCACUCUUCUUCUCUUCCUCAUCUCCCCCUUUUUCACCUCCCUGUCCGACCCCCACUCCGCCGCAUCCCGUGUCCGAUUCCUCCUCCGCCGGCUCGUCUUCGGCUUCAUCGGCGCGUUAUACGCCGGUGCAGCCCUCCUCGCCGUCGCCGCUGCGGCGGCGCUGCUUGGCCUCGUGCUUGUCAAGCUUUGGGCUGAUGAGCCUGUGAUCGUGCGUGAGCCCUUGUAUUUUGAUUACACGGAGCCUUUGCCGAGUGCUAGGGUUUCUUUGAGAGAUGGAAACGGGAGGCCUGUUCCGGCCGGCCAUGCAGUUCGCGCUUCGCUCCAGCUCGUGAUGCCUGAAUCCGAUUACAAUAUCCAUGUCGGCAUUUUCCAGGUGAACGCAGAAGCACUUUCAUCAAAGGGAAACAUUAUAGCAACAUCUAGCCAACCAUGCAUGAUGAGGUUCCGAAGUCUUCCUGUUCGACUAACACAUACAUUCUUAAUGGGUGUUCCUCUCUUGCUAGGAAUGUCCACUGAGAGCCAGGAGAUGAUCGUUGAAAUACUAAGAUACAAGGAAAGUAAUCAGAAAACCGAGAUGAUAAGAAUUAAGUUAAUGCCAAGAGCAGGAACCUCCGAUCUCCCACAGAUUUACUCGGCAGUAAUCCACAUAACCUCACAGCUUCCUUGGACAAAAGAAUUAGUUUACAAUUGGAAGUGGACUGUCUAUGUGUGGAGCUCCUUGUUUGUAUACGUAUUUCUUUUGACUAUCCUGGUUUGCUAUUACAAAUCGUUUUUUGUACCAAGAUGGAGCCCGCUGAUGGACCAACCUCCGGAAGUUGCAACAGAUGAAAGUUAUACCUUGAGAGAUGGAGAACAAUCUGAUGCUUUGUAUGAUAAGUUAAGGAAGUGGCAAUUACGGCAUAGGAUCAAAAGGAAAGCACCGGCACUGGGUGAAUCUCCUCUGGAACUUGCGGAGGGUUAUUCUUCGAGCACAAGUGAAGCAGUGAAUGACUCGAGUGAAUUUGCAGCAUCUGAGUCUUCAGUGUGUACUGGCGGUUAAAAUGUUGAUGGUACCCUUGCUUAAUUUGCUGUUGUAUGAUAAACAUGUAAAUUAUAAAGUCAUGUUUCUGGUUAUAUACCU